GAUGGUGAGAAACAGGGUGGAUGUCGCCAUCGUCGCAGGGCAGCUAUAGGCUAUUACUCACGUGCCAGAAGACCUCUGGAAAACGAGCGCUAGCUUUUUACACCGACGUUAUACGCUCUAGUUAAGUUAACUUCGUACACACACCGUAUAACCAAAGCGGCUUUGCGGCGACUUGGAUGACGACCACCAAAGUUGUCAAAGUCCGCAAGGCUAUGGAGAGCCACGGGCCGAACCCCCUGGACCACCUUCCGCCACCCGCCAGCUCCAACAAGCCCCUAACCCCCUUCAGCAUCGCAGACAUCCUCAGCAAGCCCGCAGUCAGGCGAGCUCCCAGGACUCACCGGCGGGCUCUCAUCACUCAGACCUCGCCCCUGUGCGCUCUCCAGGAGCUGGCCAGCAAAACCUUCAAAGGUCUCGAGCUAGGUGUACUCCAAGCGGCAGAAGGAAGGGACGGCUCGACUCUGUUCGGUCAGAGAGACAGCCCCAAAAAGCGGCGAAAAUCCCGGACGGCGUUCACUAAUCACCAGCUGUAUGAACUAGAGAAAAGGUUUCUCCAUCAGAAAUACUUGUCACCCGCCGACAGAGACCACAUCGCCCGGCAGCUGGGGCUGACAAACGCGCAGGUCAUCACCUGGUUCCAGAACCGACGGGCGAAACUGAAGCGGGACCUGGAGGAGAUGAAGGCGGACGUGGAGUCGGUCCGGUCCACGGGUACAGCGCCUCUGGAUAAACUCGCUAAACUGGCCGAUCUGGAGCGGCGCGCAGCUGGAGAGACGGGGCCUCCGGGGCCUCCGGGGCCCGAGCGCUCGCCACGGCCGGGUCACGAGUACAAGAGCGCGCACAAAUUAUGUCUGUCCCCCAUGUCGUCUCUCUCAGACCACACAAGUCAAGACUACUCCGCAGACGAGGACGAGGAAAUAGACGUCGACGUCUGACGCACUCAUUUAUACUUUUGUAAACGGAUGUCUCGAGACGCGCGUGCACAUAACCAUCUACACGAUCGUAGUCUUUUUCCUGAAUUAGUUUAAUUUAUAGCCGGACUAUGCAAGUCUAACUCUUGUUUGUUCAUCGCGAACCAGCAGCUUGUGUUUUUAUAUAUAAUAUAUUGUAUGUAAUGCGAUGGCUUUAAUGAGUGUAAUAAGAAAUAUUCCACGAAUCAGGGCGACAAACAGCAAUACAACCUCUUAAUGAGAAAAAACAUAUUUUUACAUGUGUAUUUAUUGCGUGUAAUUUGUACACAAUGGACAGUGACAGCUUUUUGUAAAAGUUUUGUACAGUUUACUUCAAAAUUAGGCCAUUGCA